ACAGCCCCUCUACGUCAUCUGUCAUUGCAGACAUCUUUUUUUUUUUUUGCGCUUAUUAAUGGAAGGAGUGUCAUGACAAUAGAACUACAUGUGUGCGUGUGUCAGUAUAGGACGUCCCGCCUUGCUCUCAGGCCCAUCCCAGUGGUGUAUAAAAGUCUGUGGAGACUCUGGCGCAACUGCAGUGCAUCUCGCUCUGUGUGUCUCCUCCAACCACGACGACGACGACACGAUGAGGAUCCAUCUCGUUUUCUUCCUGCUGCUCCCGCUUCACAAGGCGCAGGAACAUGUUGUUAACGAGUUUUAUCCUCUUGUUGAGAAAAGUCAGAGAAGUUUUGUGGACCCCCCACAGAGCAACCAGAGCAGGCUGAUGGUGAAGGAACCAUCUCUGCCCAUCAACGAACUUCUAGAGAAGAGCAGCAGGACCGGAGAGUCCAAAUUCUCCCUUCAUCCUUUACCCUCUGGCAUCUGGCCAAAGCACAGCGACCUGGCACCCGUCCCUCGCCACCACGGUCCCCACAACAAGAGCAAGCGGGGCCCCAAGAGCGAGCACCUGCUGGAGCUGAGCACGGAUAAAACCAGAGGAGAAGUGGCCGGCUUGCUUCCCAAACCUUCUCUGACGGCGUCGACGGCUGCGGCCGCCAACCGCACGGCUCAGCCCGGCAUCAGCCUCCUUCCGCCCGCCGAACCGGAGGGCCAUCCCAACUCUAGACCCAGGAGCGCUCCUCACCCACAGCCUGCUCCAGCACCUUCUCCUCGCAGAGACCCCCCCAACAGACGUCUGGACCCAGAGGAGAAUCGCCCGGGCAAAGCGGGCCUCUACCAUACCGGUAUUGGAGCGGCAGCGCCUCGGAACAACAGCCGGCCGCCUGUCACCUUCAACCGCCGAUCCUCCAGCCUCCUGUACCAAUUUGACAUUCUCAGACGAGAGUCCGACCUCACCCAUGAUGCUUUCUGCAUGAGUGAGUGCAGGAAGGAGAAGGACGAGAGGGAUUACUACUGCUACACCGAGUUUGCUGUCAACGGGGUCGUCCACGACAUCGACGUGCUGCGUAAAGGGAUACGUCUCAUUACUCUGAUGGUGAGCAGCGACGGGUUCUACAAGAUGAGUCGCCUCUAUGCCACCCCUGACAGCUUCUUCUUCAAAGUGCGCCUUCUGGUCCUGGACACGUACAAAUGCAGCAAGCCCUGUCCUGAUAUCAAACUUGGGACCAGAUACAUUGUUAUGGGCCAAAUCUACCACCGGAGGCGGCAUCUUCCGAAUGACCUCCUGAACCUGCUCGGGGGCCGACUAAAACCAGGCGACGGCAUUCUCAGGAGCAACAACUACGUGAAAAGGUUUAACAAACGGAAGCACCAGAAGGUCUUGGAGGCCACCCGCUCCAAGUGUCGGUGAACCCAAACAUGAGGCCGUCGCCCCCUCCUUCUGCUUGCAAGGGAAGAGACUUGGCAUCUUACGUGAACCGCUUCGAAAUAACCCCUGAGUAUUAUACACCAGAAGGUAAAGAGGCAGCACAAGUAGUGUUUAGCAAGUUUGCCUCUCAGUCGAGAGGUCGUGGGUUCGAAUCUCGGCUAUGGCCUUCCUGUGUGUAGUUUGAAUGGUCUCUGCAUGCAUGCAUGCAUGGAUUUUCUCCGAGUACUCCAAUUUACUCCCACAUUCCGAAAACAUGCACGUUUGGUUCAUUGAAGACUCUAAAUAGACCAGUUCAGGGUAUACCCCCCCCCGCUGGAAUUGGCUGCAGCUCAAUCCUUGACCCUGAGAACAAGUGCUAUAGAAAACGGAUGGAGGAAGAAGGAAAAGACUCUUGUGAAUGGAUUCACUUUCCCGUGGACCACCAUGAUGUACAGUACUACAAUCCAUCUUGCUAACUAAAAAUACCAACGUGCUCUCUUGUGUAGAUCAUUUUCCAAGACAAAUGUGUACAAUUUACAGCAUUAAUUGAGGCGCCCAACAGCCCUAAAUAACUGAUAUUUUAACAUACUUGACCUCCUUGUUUAUUCAUGUCUGGUACAUGAGGCAUCAAUUGGCUCACAUCCAAAAGGGAACUUUCAGACUAAACUCAACAUGUAAUCCGCAUAUUUGAUUGCCAUGUACUGGUAUUAGGCAGCUACUGUUGAUCUAUGUAAUGCCUUUAAAUUGCUGUGGACACGAAACGUAUCAUUGGGGUUGGUUGUUAUUGGUGAGCGGGAAAUGCACUUUUGAUGUUACAAGCACUACAAAAGAGGCAUUAAAUAAAUUCAAUACAAGUAACCACAUACAACACCCCUGAUUUUAGACAAAAAGAAGUUUGCUUAGUUUUGUUCAUUCAGUUCACACAUUUUUAUGCCAAGUGUUGCCUUGGCUUUGGUGCCUUGCUUAAGGGCACCAGGGCAGUCUUCACAUCUCUCGAGCAACCCGUCCCAAUUUCCAUGCUUCCAUUCUUUAGAUCCCCAAACUGAUCUGCUGCCCUAGUUCAAAAUAAAAAGUACAGUAUUGGACUGGGGAGGGACUUAUGUUUAUUGGUUCCCGUCUGCCCCUGCUUUUCAUGAGAGGGUGAUCAUUUGCACUGAAUGCUGCAUAUACGUACAUUAAGUUAAUAAAAUGGAUUGUUUUGUA